AUGUGCAUUGAUCUCGUGAUCUGCUUGAGCGAUGAGAGCGAGCUGACCUUCCAUGUAUCAAAGCUUGAACUGAUGAAAGAAGGGCUUUUCCAGAUACGGGACGUCUUGAUCGACACGAGUCGUUACCAAGAGCGUUUGGUGCAGAGGAGCACCGUUGUGGAUGUCGAGCUGGGGGUGUGUGGAGGGGUGCACGUCGUUGGGAUCGGGCAGAAGCUGUGCUUGUACGCGGGGAAGAUCUUGACGGUGGACGAGGAGGAGGUGGUGAGGAGCGGGGUGAAGCAGCUGGAUGCGGCCAUGGGGUUGUUCAAGUUUGUGUGGGAGAGUGCGGGGGUGAAGGGGGAUUUGGAGGUGGAGGGCCAUUUGUGGUGUGUUGGAGCUCAAAAUAGGUCAUUUAUAUAUAGAGGAAAUGUUUAUAUGGUGCAUGCUAUAAAUCUUUGA